AUGCCUCUGCAGCGCUUGGACGAAGCUUUCGGCGUCCGCCGAAGUCAGCAGGGGGUCCAGGACCCGCAGCGCAAGGUUCUGCGGACGUACCGAUGGAUGCAGUUCCACGGCAAGGAGGAGGUCACCGAGUUUGACGAGUCCCACUUCCAAGCCGAGGGGCUCUUCGCGCAAAACUCUUCCCAAGGCAACAAGGAGUAUCAGGAUCGCCUCCGUUGCAUUCACCUCCGCAAGGAAGGCCUUGAGAAAACAGAAAUCGCCAAGGCCCUUGGCCGAUCUGUGAAGUUUGUCGCGAAGUGGUGGCAGAAAGAGCCCAAAGAGAUCCCUCGUCCAUGGGGCGUGCAUGAGUACCUCACAAAGGAGAUGGGGCGAAAUGAGCGUGGGGUGGGGGCCACGAACGGCGCCUCCAUGACGGAGGAGUCGGUGCACGACACUGCUACCUGGUGGCGAGAUGUGGAGGUCAAGCGACAAUUCGCCAACGACCCCGCCAUCUACGAUGAGAUCCUGCAGAACACAGACUGGAAGCCGAGUAAUGCUCGCACUCGGGAUUUUGCCACCGGCGCGUACCACCUGAAGUACGACCAGCGGGGUAACAUUCGCUGGGAGGGGCAUCAAGGAGGCAAAUACAAGCCGGGAUUGUCCCCGGCCAUGGACAAGGUGCUUCAGAAGCUCUUUGUUGAAUAUGGCAUCGAGGAUCGAACCUCCGGCGUGAUCACCAACUGGUAUCCAGAUGGCCAAGGAAAUCUUGGGAGCCAUCGCCAUGAUUGCUGGACGGCCCUCUUCAGCUUCGGCCACGAGCGCAUCCUCACAAUCGACAACACCCCGCUGCUCAUGCAGAACGGAGACUUGUGCAUCUUCGGGACGCAGAGGCACGGUGUGCCCAUCAUGCCCGAAAUCACGGAUGGCCGCAUCACCUUGGUCGUGUUCUUCUACCCCGACAAGAUGCAGAAGAAGGGCAUGUGGCAGACCAUCACCGAUCCGGACCCCAGUUGUGAGGCGGUGUGGCGCCCUCUUUACAUCGUUGCCUGCACGAGCAGCAGUUCGGCAUAG